UGUUCUUGGAGCACUAUUUAUUGUUGACAGGCGCGGCACAAUUGCAUCCGGGCAUGUGUAAUUCCGCCAACAACCAAUAUGGACGGUCUCGCGUCCUAUGACAGCGAUUCAAGUGAAAUUAGUGCUGAUUUACGCUCUCAAGAGAACUUGUACAAGAAAAGCUUUGAGUUUGGUGCACAGAUAUCUGAUGAACGUAUGAAAUUGGUUUCUGAAAAAACAGAAGUUUAUCCAUCACCUCCAAAACUAGUUUCCAGGGAUGAAUAUGCUAAUUUUACUGAACCAAAUGAUGGGAACUACGACUCGCCCCCAUUACUUAGUCGGUCUGACUCCCCGUCACAAAAGCAUAUCCCUGUAACAGAACAGUACAUAAAACAUGAAGAAUCAAAUGGAACAGAAAUCGAUCUGCAGGGUACAAGGGAAGAUGACCCUCCCAAAAGGGAAGAUGAACCACCCGAAAAUGCUAUUCCAGCAGUGACUUUACUAGAAAAUUUGCAAGAGACUGAGAAAAAUGUUAAUAUAUUGUAUGAUCCAACAGAGCCGUUACCUGAUGAUGGUGAUAAUAUUAUUGUAUCUAAAGUUCAGGAACCCACUUCUCCUGUAAUAACUGCUCCUGUAAUACCUGAUGAACAGGCAGAGACAAAAGAAAUUUCAAGUGAAAGCCUUGCAGGUGACAGAACCUCAACCAGUGAAUCAAGAUCUAGAUCACCUUCUAAAGAGAAACAGCUGAGGUCUCGUAGUCGUUCCAGAUCAAAAGAAAGAAAGCGUUCAAAGCGGCGAUCACGGUCAAGAAGUAAACGAUCAAAAUCUAGAUCAUUUGGACACAAGUCACGAUCAAGAUCACGAGAGAAAGGUCACAGAUCACGAAGCAGGCGAUCAAGGUCAAGAGGACGUAGAUCACGAUCACGAGGAAGGCGAUCAAGAUCUAGAGUGUCAUCUAGGCGGCGGUCAAGAUCAUCGCGUUCAAACUCAAGGUCAAAGAAAAAACGAAGACGUUCAAGAUCACAAGAGAGAAGACGUAAAUACCGAAGCAGAAGUAGAGAGCAUUCUUCAAGAAGAAAAUCAAGUCGGCCUCUGGUCGAUGAGUUUGGUCGAGACCUGAGCAGUCGAAAAAGGAGUGUUUCUCCAAAGGCCAGAAAGUCAUCACCAGACCGCAAGUCAAAGGUUGAGAAGAAAUACAGGUCAAGAUCCCCGGAAGAUACCAAGAAACCAAAGUCAGACUCAUCAGAUGAAGAGAGUGGCAAAUCACGAAGCUCUUCUCAUGAGCGAAGGAAAUCGCCAAAAGAAAGACGAGCACGUAAACAUUCACAAAGCAGAAAAGAAAGGGAUUCAGCUUCUGAAUCGCCACCAAAGUUCCCAAAGAGAAGGUCAAAGUUGCAGUUAAGAGAUCGUUCAAGGUCUCCAAAAAGGCGAGAAAGAAAAAAAUCACGAUCCCUGUCACCUCGCCGUAAGUUGCACUCCCGUUCACCCCAGAAACGAUCACGGUUACGGUCACGAUCCAGAUCACCUAAGAAGGAUUCUCGCUCCAGAUCUCCACACAAGAGAUCUCAUUCUAGGUCUCCUAAGAAUUCUCGCUCCAGAUCCCCUCGCAAAAGAUCUCAUUCUAGGUCACCUAAAAAUAAUUCUCGCUCCAGAUCUCCUGGCAGGAGAUCUCGUUCUAGAUCGCCUGUGAAAAGGAGACCUCCUAAUAGGUCCAGGUCUCGUUCUCGUUCAAGAUCACCAAGACAUAAAAGAAGGGACGAAAGACGUAGGCGUUCACGUUCUCCAAGAGGUCAUCGUGAGAGAAGGUCUCCUGUAGGUCGUUCUCGCUCAAGAUCACCAUUUUAUGGUCGGGGACGACGUGGAAAGGGUGGUGCUGGCUAUGACUCUGCCAUCCAUGCUCAGGAAGCACUUGCAAGAAGGUUAGAGAAGGCCAAAAAGAUUCAAGACCAGAAAAGGAAGGAGGAAGCAGAGGCCAGAGCUGCCGCUGCUGAAGGCCAACCUAAGAAAACUGCAGAUGAAAUUUCAAAAGCACUUUCAUCAAUGACUGGUGCUAAUGCUCAACUAGCGUUUCAAGCCGCUUAUGCUGAGCUACAGGCAAAGGCCCUAGCAACAACUGGAAUAGCUGUUCCUAGUUACUAUAAUCCAAUGGCUGUGAAUCCAUUACAAUAUGCAGAAAAAGCAAGAAAACGCCAGCUACUCUGGUCAUCAAAGAAAACUCCUGCAGCUGAGCAAACGGAAGAUACAUCUACAUCGAGCAACAAGUGGGAAAGAACGUCUUUCAGUGAUGAGGCAACAAGCGAGAAGUUCAGACGUCUAAUGGGAAUCAAAGCCGAUAGCGUAGUUGCUGAAGAAGAUGUAAAGAAACAGGAGGAUGAAAGGACAAAACUGUUUACUCAACUUGAUCAAGAAUACCACGUGGCACGAGUCAAGACUCACACCCAGCGUAGCUUUGGACUUGGCUUUGGGUCUGGUGCACCAGGACCAGGACCAGGACCGAGCACAGAAUAGACAGUCACUUAAUUAACCAGCAUGCUAUUGACAAAAACAUCUAAAAUCAUACGUACACAUAUACUCAUUUUCUUGUAAACAUUGAUCAACAUCGCUGAAGUAGGUUCAUAAUUUCAACCUACGUGUAAUAAUAAAAUAAAAUUUUAUUGCAGUGAUUUAGUUGGUAUAUAAUUUAUAACUACAUGCUUUAUGUAUGAUACUGAAAGGAAUUUCUUGUGAACUUUUGUAUUCCUAAUAUAGAUGGCAUAACUGAACCAUACGUAUUCACGCACACAAAAAUGAUAUUACAUGUGCGUGUACCAACAUUUCAUCUGUUUAUUAUUUUAACACAUAUACUUCAUAUAACUACAUUCACACAGAACACCUGGAUUACCCAGAUACUUUAAGACACCCUGGGAUACCUAGAUAUUUACACAGACAAAAAGAAUAGCUAGGUAUUUACACAGACACUCAGAGUACCUUUUCGCAUAAUGUGAUUUUUACACAUGUGAAUUGUAUGUAAAUUAUACAUGGAGUAAAUAUCAAACACUUUUUUAUUCUAGUUAUAGAUUAGUUUAGUUUUCAUUAAGGGAGUUUUCGCAACCUUAUAAAAACGAUAACGAAUACGUCAUCUUCAUUAUUGUCAUUUGUACUAAAACAUUCUUGACAAUACAUAUACGAGCUGAAUAUAAUUGUUGAUUCGUGUAAAAGGCAUAGAUGACCUAUGUUGUGACACAUAACUUACUGUAGGGGAUGAAUGAAGUAAACAUUUGAUGAUGUAGCCGUAAUUGGUUUUCGUUUUCAUUAGCUUGUGAAACCUCCCUAUUUCCAUCAGUAACCCAUUUGACUUUGCUCACAAAACAAUAACAGUUCCAGUGUCAAACUUUUUCAUAAUUUUCUACCAGAAUUGUUUUUAAGUCUACUACUGUAUUACUGGACUUAAAUUUAGGGAAGAAUAGAUUUAUUAUUAAUAAGAAAUAAUUUUAUAAACUUUUUAACACAUUCUGCUGGCUUAACUCUGUAGAAAAUAAGAAAUAAUUGAAUCAAAGCCAAUUAUGUUUCUUCUUUGUAAGGAUAAGUAAUUACUCAGAAUUUGCAUAAUAAUGGAUAAUUAAUCUGAUCAACAUGGACAGAAGUAUUAUUGAUUUAUAAUGUUAAUCACAAUGUGCAUGUAAACAGAAUGGACAUUUCCAGAGUAGGAUUUGUUCAUAUGUAAAAUUCAGAAUUGGAACCCUCAGACAUACCAACCAA